GUUUCUCCUAAAUCUUAACCUAAUUUUAAAACAAUAACUCUGCAAACCAAUAAGCUAAAGUAGUUGAUAUUGUAAUUAAUACAGAUCCGCCAAAAAAUGUCUAAAGAAGUACAUAUAGAUCGAGAUUUGGACUUAUCAAAUGCAAAACGUGGUGUUUGGUUAGUAAAAGUUCCAAAAUAUGUGGCAAAUAGAUGGGAGAAAGCUCCCAGUGAUAUGGAAGUUGGUAAAUUAAAAAUCACAAAACCCCAAGGACAAAAAGCACAGGUUUCAUUGACCUUGUCUAAUGCAAUAUUAAAUCUUAGUGAAGCUGGUCAAGAAGUGAUUCCGAAAGACCACAGAUUAGAUGUGUCAACUGUUACACAACAGACUUUAGGCGUUUUUUCACAUGUAGUUCCUACAAACAGUGAUUCUGUAAUUCCUGAAUCUGAAAAGUUACAUAUGGAAGGUAAAAUUGUACAGAAACUGGAAUGUAGGCCAUAUGCAGAUAAUACUUAUAUGAAAUUAAAAAAAGAGAGUAUUAGAUUGGCUUCAUUACCAACAAGAAAAGUUAAGCCUCUGGACAGAAUUGUACAGACAUUUAAACCUGUAUCUGAUCAUAAAAAUAAUAUUGAGUAUAUUGAAAAGAAGAAGGCAGAAGGCAAAAAGGCUCGUGAUGAUAAAGAUGCAGUUUUGGAAAUGUUAUUUGCAGCCUUUGAAAAACAUCAGUAUUAUAAUAUCAAAGACUUGGUCAAGAUUACAAAACAACCAAUCACAUAUCUGAAGGAGAUUCUCAAAGAAGUUUGCAACUACAAUCUUAAGAAUCCUCAUAAGAACAUGUGGGAACUAAAACCAGAAUACAGGCACUAUAAACAGCCAGAGAAUGAUGAUAAGAAAACUGAUGAUUCUGAUGAUGACUAAUUAUAUAUUUAAUCUUAUUAAAAUAUUUCAUUAAAAAAAUAGAAUUAAGUCGAUAUAAUUUAUAUUCCUUGGACUUUAUAAAGAUGUUAUAUUUCUUUAUAAAAUAAUGUUUUACACUGUUUGUAUAUAAUGUAAAAUUAAGAAUAAAAUGUGAUGUGUACUCCAGUUUAUACAUUACAUACAUACAAAUUUAA